UGCAAACAUGGCGGCGCUCCUGGUAGAUUGUGUCGCUAGUCGCUAGCGUAGCUGCGCGUUCCGCUUUCGUGUUCUCGUUUCGUUGAAAGGCGAUUUCCUCCGCUCUUCGCGCAAACAUCGGAACCGAGAGGCUCUCGCGUAGCGGUAGCCUUAAUUUAGCCAUUGAGUACACCGCGAAUACAUGUAGGCUACUCAGCGCGUGCAAACUUCGGCUCGCUGUUGGCAGCGUCUGCCGCCGACGCUUUGCAGCGAGCGAUCGCAGUUUCUUUAGACUGGCGUCCCUACCCUUCCUCGCUGUUCUCAUCGCUGCGAAGGCUUCCGCACGAGACCUAAAGUUCCUGCUAGGAUGUCCUCGAUACAGACUUGUCGUGACACCUCGGACGCGGUGGAAAUGUGCGCUCCUUUGGGACUCUACUUGAAAGCGAUCGCACGCUUAAACGUCAGCAUACAGCUGCCUCAAAUGAAGACGCCGGGGAAGAGCAUCUCGAGCUGGGAGGUGAUGGAAAAGCUGCGGCAGGCCAUUAAGCCGGACGAGUUCACGACGCUCAAGAUCAGCAAGACGACUCUGGAAUUUAUCCGUUUCGAAGGCGAAGUGGAAAACCGCAGCGCUCUCAAAGCCGUCGUAGCUCGACUCGACAGCAGUACGGUCAAGCUGAGUGGUUUCCCUGAGAACUUGCGCGUUCGUGCGGCCGAAGCCAAAGUUCCGUUUCCGACGCGGCACGAUUGGGACUCGUACUUCCGCGACGCCAAAGGUAUGGACGAGAUGAAGCCAGGUGAACGGCCGGACACCAUUUACGUGCAGGGCCUGCCAUGCAAAUGGUUUGCUGACAAACGACGUGAUGCUGAUCGUCCCAGUGAGCAACUGGUCUGUCAGGCGUUUGGCGGGCCGGGACUUGUUCGGCGGCUGGACAUUCCCUUGCUCGACCCAUACCAGAAGGACGCUGAGACAUCUGUGGGACGCAUCUCAACGUUCUCCUUCAGUCAGGAGCUGACCUUUGAUGUGUACGUCCAGUACAUGGAGUAUAUGGGUUUUGUCAAAGCCAUGGACUCGCUCCGUGGCAUGAAGCUCAUGCUGAAGACGCCUGAAGGACGUGCCUUCACUGCCAACAUCAAAGUAGAUUUUGACCGGUCGAGGCACCUGAGUGAGGAGAGCAUCCAAAGACGUCAGCAGGAGAGACUCAAAAUCGAAGCCCUCGAAAGGGAACGGGAGGAGCGGGUGCUUCGAGAACGCUUGGAGGAAGAGCAAAUGCGGGAGGCUGAAAGGCGGCGCCAGCGUGAGGAAGAGGAACAACGGGAGCGCAGGCGAGAGGAAAAGCAGCGUCGGCGCGAGGAGCGCAAGAGGCGUGAGGAGGAGGAGGAAGCAAGGAAAAGGAAGGAAGAGGAGGAGGUGAAAAGGAAAAAGGAGGAGGCAUCGAGGAAGAAGAAGGAGGAAGAAGAGGCCAAGAAAAAGAAGGAAGAGGAAUCCAAGAAGAAGAGGGACGAAGAAGAGACCAUGAAAAGGUACCAAGAGGAGUUGAGAAAGAAGUGGGAGGAGGAAGAAGCAAGGCGUAGGAGGGAAGAGGAGAUGAGGAAGAAGGAGGAGAUGAGGAAAAAAGAGGAAGAGGAAAGCCUGAAGCGGAAGAAGGUCGAAGCAGAGCUUAAGAGGCACAAGGGGAGCGACCGCAAGAGGAGCGGCGAGCGUAAAAAGUCCAAGCGCAAGCGAAGAAAGAAGGAGGAAAACUCGUCCUCCGAUGUAGAAGAGCCCAGAAGGCGGUCAAAUGAGAAGAAGCUGACUGAACAUAAACGGCUUGGUGAACGGCAGCGCAUGGUGGAAGAGCAGUGGUUCACCGAAAAGCAGCAUCUUGUGGAACAACAGCGCAUCGGUGAGCAGCAACGGCUCACUGAGCAGAGGUGGCAUACAGAGCAACAGCGCCUUAUUAUUGACCAGGAAAGACUUGAUGAGCAGAGGCGUCUUGCUGAAGAGCAACACAUCAUGGAGCAGGAGACGCUUGCAAAGCUCGAGCGACUAGCCGAACAGGAGAGUGUCGCCGAACAGCAGCGAAUAGCUGAACAGCUGCUAAUUUCUGAACAGGUGCAAAUUGCCAAGAGUGAUCCUAUUGUGGAAGAGCUGUGUAUCUUUGAUGAGGAGCACACUGCGGAGCAAGAACGUAUUGCUGAGCAACAUCGUUUGCAACUAGAGUCUCAAGAAAGACAGCAGGAGUAUGCUGCUGAGGCAACACGCAAGCUCCAGGCGACCCAUUUGCUUCAGGAACUUUUUGAUCUUGUUCGGGCACAGAAACAAAAAGAGGAGGAGGAGAAGAAAAAUGCUGAAGCCGAAGAAGAGGAGAGCAAGCUUCGUGAGCACCUUCUGCAACAAGAGCAGCUGCUGCGAGAGAAGUUGCUGCGGAAUCUAGAAGCCAAAAAGCGUCAGAAGGCACUUGAGGCCAAAGUGCAAUCUGGAAAGAAUUCCACCGUCCUGAUACGGGCAAGCCAAAGCUGACAGGAGUGCGGCCUGUUUGCUGUGUAAAUAUAUGCGCACAUAUACGUCCAAGAGCUGGUGCAGUUGUUACGCGUUCUGUGAUCUCACUAGUUGUGUGGUCCGUGGCCUUACUUCAAAGUGAACGGUGUGGAACAAUGCUGUAAGAGGAAAGAAGGCUUGACAACGCAACAAAACUGACAGAAUCAUGCAAUCCAAUAAACAUGAGUCCAUGCCAGGUUGUUGCUGCCAUAGUUUGGAUCUUCCAUAAUUCAUCUACCAAGUGACUUGUGACACACUGCAGUGUUCUCUCAUCAUGUGAAUUAAAACUAGUGAAAAGAUGCUUAACAUUUAAGUUAAAUUGCUCAAGUGGCAGUAACAACUUUGGGAAGUGAGGAAAAAAAGACAGCAAACUGACAAAAUCACAUCAUUUAUGCUAUGGCCUGUCUUUUCCAGUUCAUCUUUGAAGCGAAUAACUCUAGCACUCCCAGGGAUGCACCAGUGGGAACUACGGAAAGGCUCCUAAGCUUCUAAUUGAGGAUUAAAUGUACACCCUUAUUAAAAAGCUGUGGACAAGAGGCUUGUAUACAAGAAUGCCAGGCUGCAUAGAACACGCAGCGCAGUCACAGUGUAAGCUGGAGGAGCGGCCUUCAAGCCAGCUGUGAAUCUCUCGUGCCUAGUGCAUGUACACUUGUGAAGUACACACUAUGCUGUAAUUUAUGUUGAUUCUGCUAUAUGUUACGAUGUACCCACCACACAUCUGUUAGGCAAUGUGUUAACCUACGCAUUUUGCAGAUUGUUUGCAUAGGUGGGAAAUUAUCUGACACCAAAGUGUUGACACCAGUUAGGCACCAAAAUGCUAGAUCUGUUCCUUUUGAAAUUUCGCGUAAAGAUAACACAAUGAACCAUGUUCUGUUUCUGUACAGUACUUGUUCAUUUGAUCCAGAAUUCAGAUAGGCAUUGUCUUUGUUGGUUGAUGACAGAUUUCAUAAAGCUACUGAGUGUCCUUAGUUACUCGGCACUCGCACUGGACCAUCAUAAGUAAGACACCUGCUGCUGCCUGCCAGCUUGUAACUCCAGAUAGUACCACUUCUUUUUCUUUUUUGUAGAACAGCUGUGGACAGUCCAAUGGGCACGCGACGCAGCAAAGAUACUUGGGUCUUUCUGUUCCACAUGGGAGCGGCCUGCAGUGUGCUAGAGUACGUUCCGAGGGAUGAUAAUAAAGUUUUUCCAUCCAUCCAUAAAUUGCUACAAAACAUUCCCUCCUGGUGAAAUGAGCAUUUUCUGCAUUCAAACGUGACGUCAUUGAGAUUAAAGCAGAGCAAAGUGCAAAAUUGCAACUGCCUAGCCAGGAUGGCGACCUUCCUUUGUGGUGCAGUAUUUGAUGUAGAGAGGGAUAAUUUACUGCACAUUACAGAAAGCACAGGUUGAAGGCAGAGCCUCUAACAGCACAGAGUGUCAUCCUUUGUCAAUUCCACACAGCACAGUGAAUUAAGCUGAUAAGUUCACAACCCUCUUACGUAUGUAUGUGGCUUUUCCAAUACUUGGGAGGUCGUCGGGUAUUUUGUACAACACAAAUAACCCUUACCUGGAGUUAGUGGGUUGAGCUAACUUUACUUGAGCUAGUUCAUACAUUUUAACACAAGAGCAUUAAGGGAGGAUGCUGCUCUUUAAAAACUGUUUUCUUUAGUUCUUGAUUUUGUGAAACUUGCUGAGUUUAUGUAUACAUAUUUGUGUGCUCAUUCAAAUAUGCAAUUACUUUUCCAGUACAACAAAUAGAUUUUAA